CCGCAGUGGGAUUCCAUCAAUGAAAUGGAUGAGUUUUUCAGCCCCAUCCACACCUACCAGGUGUGUAACGUCAUGACCCCCAACCAGAACAACUGGCUCCGCACCAACUGGGUCCAGCGGGACGGGGCGCGGCGCGUCUACGCGGAGAUCAAAUUCACGUUGAGGGACUGUAACAGCAUGCCAGGUGUGCUGGGCACCUGCAAGGAGACCUUCAACCUCUACUACAUGGAGUCUGACCGGGAUCUGGGCACCAGCACCCGGGAGAGCCAGUUCCUGAAGAUCGACACCAUCGCAGCAGAUGAGAGCUUCACCAACGUGGACCUGGGCGUGCGGCGCCUGAAGCUGAACACGGAGGUGCGGGGUGUGGGGCCGCUGAGCAAGAGGGGAUUCUACCUGGCCUUCCAGGACAUUGGGGCCUGCAUUGCCAUCGUCUCGGUGCGGGUGUACUACAAGAAGUGCCCGGCUACGGUGAGGAACCUGGCGUCCUUCUCCGAGGCGGUGACCGGGGCGGACUCGUCCUCCUUGGUGGAAGUGCGGGGAGAGUGCGUGGGCCAUUCGGAGGAGAGGGACACCCCCAAAAUGUACUGCAGUGCCGAGGGAGAGUGGCUGGUGCCCAUUGGGAAGUGUGUGUGCAGUGCUGGCUACGAAGAGCAGCGCGAUUCCUGCAUGGCCUGCCAGCUGGGAUUUUACAAAUCAGCCCCUGGGGACCAGCUGUGUGCCAAGUGUCCCCUGCACAGCCACUCGGAGAGCCGGGCAGCUCGCGUGUGCCGCUGUGACAGCAGCUUCUACCGCGCUGUGCAGGACCCCCCCUCAGCUGCCUGCACACGGCCCCCCUCUGCUCCCGUGAACCUGAUCUCCAGCGUGAACGGCACCUCGGUGACGCUGGAGUGGGGCCCGCCGCUGGACAAGGGCGGCCGCGCAGACGUCGUGUACAACGUGCGGUGCCGGCGCUGCGCGGGAGCCGCGGGGCCGUGCGAGGCCUGCGGCAGCGGCAUCCGCUUCGUGCCCCAGCAGAUGAGCCUGGUGCAGGGAGCGCUGACCGUCACCAACCUCCUGGCACACACCAACUACUCCUUCUGGGUGGAGGCCGUCAAUGGAGUCUCUGAUCUCAGCCUGGAGUCCAGGAGAGCCGCGGUCGCCAACAUCACGACAAACCAGGCAGCCCCGUCACAGGUGGUGGUGGUGCAUCAGGAGAGCACAGGCCAGAACAGUGUCACCCUGCUGUGGCAAGAGCCAGACCAGCCCAACGGCAUCAUCCUGGAGUACGAGAUCAAGUACUACGAGAAGGAUAAGGAAAUGCAGAGCUACUCAACUCUGAAAUCCAAGAGCACCACUGCCACCAUCUCUGGCCUCAAGCCUGCAACCCGCUACAUUUUCCAGGUGCGGGCUCGCACCUCUGCCGGCUGCGGGAGGUUCAGUCAGACUGUGGAGGUGGAAACGGGCAAGCCGGUGUCUCUCCGCUACGACACGAUGACGAUUGUCUGGAUCUGCCUGACACUCAUCGCUGGCCUUGUCACCUUGCUGGUGGUUCUGAUCUGCAAGAAGAGGCACUGCGGGUACAGCAAGGCUUUCCAGGACUCUGAUGAGGAGAAGAUGCAUUAUCAGAAUGGGCAAGUGAAAUUCCCUGAGUCCAAGUUCUACGUGGACCCCCACACAUACGAGGACCCCUGCCAAGCUGUGCAUGAGUUCACCCGUGAAAUUGAGGCCUCCCGGAUCAAGAUCGAGAAGGUCAUUGGGUCUGGGGAGUCGGGAGAGGUGUGCUACGGCCGCCUGAAGCUGCCAGGGAAGAGGGAGGUUCCCGUGGCCAUCAAAGCGCUGAAGGCAGGCUACACAGAGAAGCAGAGGAGGGACUUCCUGAGUGAGGCCAGCAUCAUGGCACAGUUUGACCACCCCAACGUCAUCCACCUGGAGGGGGUGGUCACCAGGAGCAAAUUGGUAAUGAUUGUUACUGAAUACAUGGAGAACGGCUCGCUAGACACCUUCCUCAGGAAACACGACGGGCAGUUCACCAUCAUCCAGCUGGUGGGGAUGCUGCGGGGCAUUGGGGCGGGCAUGAGGUACCUGUCUGACCUGGGCUACGUGCACCGGGACCUGGCUGCCCGCAACAUCCUGGUCAACAGCAACCUGGUGUGCAAGGUGUCCGACUUCGGCCUCUCCCGCAUCCUGGAGGACGACCCCGACGCUGCGUACACCACCACGGGGGGGAAGAUCCCGAUCCGCUGGACGGCCCCCGAGGCUAUCGCGUACCGCAAGUUCUCCUCGGCCAGCGACGUGUGGAGCUAUGGAAUAGUCAUGUGGGAGGUGCUGGCCUACGGCGAGCGGCCCUACUGGAACAUGACCAACCGCGAUGUGAUUAACUCUGUGGAGGAAGGUUACCGCCUGCCUGCCCCCAUGGGCUGCCCCACCACCCUGCACCAGCUCAUGCUGGACUGCUGGCAGAAGGAGCGCAGCGAGAGGCCCCGCUUCUCCCAGAUCGUCGGCAUCCUGGACAAGCUGAUCCGCAACCCCGACAACCUCAAGUGCACGGGCACCAUCAACAGGUUCACCCAGACACGCUUGGACAGGGGUCUCCUCGACCUGACCAGCUGCUUGACUGUGGAGGACUGGCUGGACUCCAUCCGGCUGGGGCAUUACCGGGACAACUUUGCCAUGGCUGGCUACUCCUCCCUGGGCAUGGUGAUGCGCAUGAACAUCGAGGAUGUUCGGAGUCUGGGCAUCACCAUGAUGGGCCACCAGAAGAAGAUCCUGAGCAGCAUCCAGGCCAUGAGAUCCCAGCUGCUGAACACAAAUGGCCCCAGGAGACAUCUCUGA